AUGUUGACGCUUGAAUUCCUCAUUGAGGAAGCGAAUGGCCUGAGAAAGUAUCUUGGAUUGUACCUGUUUAAUUUCGAUAUGAUUAGAGAUGGUGAAGGAGAUGGGUAUCUGGUGAUUAAUAUGAAUUACUUCCCUGGUUACGAGAAAUUGCCUUCUUAUGAAACUGUCAUGAUUGAUUUCUUCUUGAAUGUAAUGAAAUUACAGGAGUUGGAAAAGAUGAAAAAGAAGGAGAUCGACAACAGGAAGAAAGAUUCAAAAGCAGUCGGGUUUUAUGCUAUUAAAAUGGGUUAUGAAUCGAGUGAAGAAAGCCAACAUGUUACAGUAGGAAAUUGGAGGCGAGAUUGGAAUUAUUCACUGUGGAGUAUACACUUCUCAUCAUUUCAGCAGAUCAAUCGAAACUAG